AGACACCAGCUUGGUUUUUCCCCCAACGUGUCACGUGAUUGCUAUACACUGUGGACGUAAAAUGUUUUCAGUCACUUACUAUAGAAGAAGGGACCCUUUAUAACAGAAAAAGUGAUUAUUCAUAUGUAAGGAAUUGGUGUAUUUGUAUGCCGGGCCGUGUAUCAUUUUAUUGACGAGAUGUGGGGUAUUGUAACAGUGAUCACUUAAAGAAUCCAUUAUGGCAGAGGAGAAGGCCCGUCGCUGCUCAGGAUUCUGCAGUAUUCGGACAUGCAUCUACAUACUGGGAGGAUUGUCCCUUAUUGUUCUCGUUAACGUGUUAAAUGCCAACAACCAUUUGACUUCAUUAAUCGCUUUCUCCAACAAACUUCGAGAGGGUUUCAAAGAAUUUAUAAACCACAAUGCUAGUGUUAAUGUAACACCAUAUUCUCAAAACACGCCUUUUAUACUGGAGGCUAUAAAAACUAGGUCAAGUACUGUUAAUCCUGGGGGAAAGUCUGUGGUCACAACCCCAAAAACAACCCAAAAGCCCACCGUGAAAAUAACUACUGCCAAACCAACAACAAAGACGCAACCUCGUCAGCCAACCCCACGGCCAGAUGAAUGCAAAGCCUGUUUUGAACACAACUUUAGAUAUAUCAUAGAUAAUGAACAGAUAUGUGAUUCUGGAAAUGGAAAGAGCAACGUAGCAAUAAUUGUCCUGAUACUCACAAUACAUGCAAACAGAGAAGCAAGGGAUACCCUCCGGCAGACCUGGCUAACACCAACAAAAAACAACACAGCAGACAUAAGAUAUGCGUUCUUACUGGGCACCACACCCGAUCAAAAUCUCCAGAAAAAGGUGGAAGAGGAGAAUGCCGUUUACCAUGACAUCCUCCAAGAAGACUUUGUGGAUAAAUACAUGAAUUUAACUUAUAAAACAAUAAUGGCUUUCAAAUGGGCUAGCUCUAAGUGCAAACAGGCAAAAUUUGUUAUGAAGACUGAUGAUGAUAUGUUUGUUAAUUUAGAUUCUGUAAAACAUGUGGUAUCAGUGCAUGGUGACAGCCUUCAAAGUGCUGUGGGAGGGGCAUGUCACAUGUCUGCUGGACCAAUCAGAGAUAGCAGAUCGAAGUGGUAUGCAUCGAAGUUAAGUUAUCCAAGGAAUGCUUAUCCUGGCUUUUGUUCUGGAACAGGCUAUGUCACAAGUAUGAACGUCGCAACUAAAGUGUACGAAAUUUCUAGACAUGUACCUUUUUUUCAUCUAGAAGAUGUUUAUGUAGCUCUGUGCAUCAAAAAACUUGGUUACAGAUUGAAACCUAUUGGUGGAUUUAACCCAGGCCGUACACCACCAGGAUGUCAAUACAAAACGAAAAAUGUUGUGACAUCACAUUACAUGGGUCUGCCUCUCAUCAGAAAAAUGUGGAACUUAAAAUGCUAGAAUGUUAAAAUUUUAUUUGUAUUGUAUUCCUUCUGCAAUGAAUUAAUGACGAUUGUCUACUGGAGCAAAAACACCAACUACACAGCUUUAUGUUUAAGAAAUCCAGUCAUUGGUUUUUCGUCGAAGUUUGGGAUAUCAUUUUUGUCUUUGCUGUUUUUAAAAUAGAAAUUCCACUAUUGAAGGAAAAAAAUGAAUUUAUACCAGUUAUUAUUUUUUAUGUGUGUAAUGGAAAUCCAAGUGAUGAAACCAUAACCUUAGACUUAUGCAGUUUAUUUGGGAUUCUUUUGGUGGGUUAUAUUGAUGAAUUUUUUUUUGGUCCAUAAUCUGUCUGUCUUUUGUUCACAUUCACAUUUUUAACAUGAGGAGAAAAGUAAAACACACAGUGCAUCCUACACAGAAGAGGACUAGAAAAUAGUUAUAUUGGAAAUGGAUAGUCAUUUUAUAAUAAUGUAUAGUGCAGAUUCAAUGUUGUUAACACUAUUUUUUAAGGCCAAGUGGAAACUACAGUAAGGUUGCAAGUUUUACAUUGCCCAUUAUAAUGGUUCAAAAUUUUCUUUAAAAAUAUGUAAGAUGUAAAUAAAUAUAUAUGCAUGUGUGUAUAUAUAUGUGUGUGUGUGUGUGUAUAUAAUCCAAAUAGAAAGAGUUGAUACCACACGGUCAAAAUAAUUCAAUAAAAAAGCAGGAAAAUAUGCACUUCCAAAAUAAAUUUAUUAUUUAUAUAUAUAUAUAUCCAAAUAUGAAAAAUUGCCUCAGUGUCCGGUAAUCAAUAAAUAAAAUAUAUGACAACACGUAAAACGUAAGCGCUUUCAUUUUUAAAAAAUCUUCCAAGUGUAUAUAUAUAUAUAUAUAUAUAUAUAUAUAUAUAAUAUAUAUAUAUAUAUACACACACACACACAUAUAUAUAUAUUUAAUGUUACAUUUUUCAUAUACUAUGCUAAAUGACCCAGAGGGGAGUGCACUAUUUGUACUAACCCUUGCUACUAUUUUGGCAUAGUAUAUGAUAAUUGUAAUUAUUAUGCUGACUAUCAAAAUAGAUCAUUAUUUACGUUUCAAUGAAGCAAAGGACGAUCACUCUGAAUGCACUUCCAAUGUUGAGUGAUACAGAUAUUUCACAUGCUGUAUUGAUUAGUUAUUCUAUUGGAGCAUAACCAUCAAAAGUGAAUGAAAUCUCAUAAUCUAUGUGUUAAUCAAAUAUCUGGACAAAUUAUUUUGGUGACAUAUUCAAAAUUACACAAAAGAUGUAGUGAUAGUGUACAUAUAUCCCUGCUCUUUAUGCAAAAAUAGUAGGGUGUGAAUAUAUAGGAAGAAGCUAACAGAAAGCAUGAUAAUUGUGAAGUUACUAUUUGUCAUAAUGGUAUUUGUCUGAAGUUUAAUUAGAUCAUCAUUUUUUUUAAUCGUAUGUCACCAGAGUGGGCUAGACAGUAGAGGUCUUUGCAAUCUGAUUAAAAUACAUAUCGCACAGUGCAGCAGCUCCCUGCGCUGACCUAUCUGAGAAGAGGAUCUUUAUUUUAAUCAGAUUGAGGUCUCUGUGGUAAUUUACUUGCACCUGUUUUCAGAAGUAGAAAUUCAUGGAAAUGUCAAUAUCCAGGGGGAAAAAAAAAAGAACACCAUGAAAAUUAUUUAUAUUAGUUUCAAUAAGAAUUUGUAACAACCUUUCAAAAUAUUAUGCAAGCAUCCUCAUACAGGUGUGUGAUUGGGGGUCUUGGCAUGGUAGAGUUUCAAAGCUUAUGAAACUUUUAUCUCUAUAAGAGGUAGGUGAGCAUUGUGUCACAUGAUCCGCGUGUUCGAUUUUUUUUUCUUAUCUAAUUUUUAUUAUUUAAUAAAUAUUGUCCUCAAUAUUUUUGAAAUAGAAAUCCUUACAUAAGUAUCGCUAUCUACAAAUGUUUGUAUACAGCAUGACAAUAUUUGUAUUCGGUGUUCUUUUAAAAGAUAUGACAUAAUGUUUAGAUGUCAUAAUUUUGAGAGGUGUAGGAUACUAUAUCAGGUUAUUUGAUAAACAUUCCAUCCUCUCAUGUAGACAUCAACUCAUGUUAGAUACAAUAGUACACUUCUUUGCUUUUCUUAAAAAUUAUAGGCAGUAAAUUAUGAUUUGCACUUUAAAGUGCAUUUGGACUAGCUGCAAUAAUGUAUAAUGUAGCACUCUCCAAUUUGGGGGGGGGGGGGGGGGGGGACGUCAGAAUAAAAUUUUUUUAGAUAGGGCUACAUUAUUGCAGCUACAGUUGGACUAUAAAAUAUAAAAACUGAAUGUGAGAAUUCUUUUAUUUAGUGCCUACAACACCCUUUCUAAGCAAAUGGGUAUUAUUAUGCAAUCCAAAAUUUGGAUGGGGAAAAAAACCAUGCACACAGUUGUUUGAACUUUAGGUAUUUGUAGAGAAUUAUAUUACAAAAGAAUGAUUGUACAAAGUAUAUAUUUUUCUGUGCAUCGAUUUAAGACAAUAUUUUUGACAUUAGUGUAUCAUUCUGUUCUAAAGCUUCAUAUUAGUUAUUCCUUUAUCACUGUUUAAUAUGAAUCUUCACAUUAGUUAUUCCUUUAUCACUGUUUAAUAUGAAGCUUCAUAUUAGUUAUUCCAUUAUCACUGUUUAAUAUGGAGUUUUCUGUGUUGUAAUAUGUAAUUGUUAUAUAGAAUAUGUUGUUUUAUUCAUCUGAACUGUAAGCACAAUUUUGUCCCUGGUCUGUCUGUCCUUUGUAAACUUCAGAUUUUCAGCUUCUUUUAUAAAGAAUCACUCGAUUAGUUCAACCAGGUUUGACACAAAGCAUCCCAAGAAAAGGUAAUGUCCCUUUUAAAGGGUAAGUCCUACUAGAUGGGGUGUUACAAAUCCUUAAGAGUGACUGGAAUCUGAAAAGUUAAAUGUGGAAUGGAAGCUUUACUUCUCAUAAAGAAGAUUUAAUGUUACUAGUACAGUGUACUUUAAAUCAUAAGACCAGGGCUGCAGGGCCACAACAGGGUAUAUAUCUUCAUCUGAGAAUCUUCCUAAGUUGAUAUGCCAGCUUGUUCAUGUACUUUAAAUUCAAGUUUCUUCAAGCCAUGAUCUCGGUGUCGGGGUGGGAGUAUAAUUUUUAUUUAGAAAUAUAUAUUAUGUACUGUUCAAGAACUAUUGAAAUAUUACCAUGGAGAUUCACCAGGGAGCAUGCUUUACAGGCUAAAUUAAAUAAUGCAUGGGUUCCUGUAAUGUUUAAGUUCAUUGAUGUAUAAUGUACAGUGUACCUUGUAUAAUGAAAACUAAGAGGGAAAAUGAAUUGCUGGAGCAAUAUGGUCCAUUUAUUUUACAUUACGGUACCUUUAUCCAACAAGUUGAAAUAGUGUCAAGAAAAUAUUCAUGAUUCAAAAGACUUCCUGCAAUAAUGUACACUAUUUGAACAAGUUGGAGAAAGUUCAAUAUGAAUUCGAACAAUUACAGAUAAUCCAUUUUCUCAUAUUACAAAUUAUUACCUAUACAUAUAUUGCAUUAAUCUGAUCUGAUAGUACCUUAUCACAGGAUCACAUUACUAUUUGAAGAAUAAUCAAAGGUCACAUAUUAAAAAUUAAAAAUAAUACAUGUUCCUUAAUAUAGAAUAAGAAAUGUCAUAGCAUAACAAUCACAUGGUUACAUUACUCCAGCCAGCUACAGAUUCAGCAGCAGCAUUUUUAUUCUAUGUUAAUUAGCAUGUGUAUGUGUGUUUUUGUUUUUAUUCUUAAUAUACUAUUAUCUUGAAGUGUAUAUGAUUUUUUAUACGCCCAUCUUAAGACGGGACGUAUUAUGGUAUGGCAUUCAUGUCCGUCCGUCCGUCUGUUAGCUUUUUCGUGUCCAACCCGUAACUUAAAUACUACAAGGCCUAGAAUCAUCAAACUUUGUCUGUAGAUACAUCUUGGGUAGAAGGUGUGUCGCACAUUAAAACCAGGUCACUGUGACUUUUCAUUAAGAAGAUAUGGCCAUAUAUGGCAAAAACUUGUCCGGCUCAUAACUUGAAAACUAUUAGACCUAGAAUCACCAAAAUUGGUCAACUAAUGCAUCUUAGGUAGAAGGUGUGUCGCAUCCUACUUUAAGGUCACUGUGACAUUUAAUUAAGGUGAUAUAAAAAAAAAUGUUUUAAUGGGUACAAUCUAUACUGUGCAUGUAUACUGUAUAUGUGACGGGCGUAUCAUGUGCCGUGGUGGUGCACUUUAUUUCCUUCUAAUACUGUGGAAUAUAAGGAGUGCGGGGACAUUAGCUGAAGCUCAAUCUUGCUUUUACAUGGUUACAUAUCAAAAGCACAAGUUGUAUAGUACAUAGUUGAAUUUCAGUAUGGUUUAGUGUGUACAUGAUGUAAUUUUAAAUAAUAUUUAUUCAGAAUUCUUACCGCUUUUGAAGAGGAACAGGUAAUUUUCAAUACCAAAGAAAAAUUCUCCUUUGCAGUUAUGCCUCUCUUAUUGGUUUGCAUGUUUUGAUAUGUUGGUCAGUCAGUAAACCAAGUGUAAUUGGAACCCUUUGCUUGACAGACAUCAUCAAACAUUGUAAAUUAUUCCUCAGCUGUAAAAUCAGUUUCCAAUUUUACUGUAUGUACAGAUUUUACCUGAGCUAAAGGCUAUAGGGGAGCUUUUCUGAUUCAAAGAAUCAGUUUGUCUUUUGUAAACCUUUGACUUUUUUCUUCUCAGCACUACUGUCAAUUUCAACUAAACUUUUCAAAGUAUAUUUGGGUAAAGAGGAUUGGGGAUAUCUUGAGAAAUAAUUAAAAUAGGGUGUUAAAUUUAUUUGGCCAAAGUUCAAAUUUGUUCAUAUAGAUAUGAAGAAUCAUUCCUCCUUCCUAAGGCAGAUGAUUAAGAAAUGAGAUGCUGUUAUUUAAAAGUAUUCUUCUUGAGAACCACCUAGUAUACUAGAGAAACCCAAAAGAUAUAUACCUAUUACCAAAAAUAUUUGCAGUGUGUAUACAUUAAUUACACUACUUUUUUUCAAGUUACAUGUAUCAGCUUUUAUUUUAACACUAUAGUUUUGAUUCAAAUAUUGUCAUUAAAAGUGUUUCAAUAUAAAA